UCUUGUACCUACUGGGUCUGGGUAUAGCUAGCUUCGAGGGGUCCGACACUCCGUGAAAUCUUGUACACCUACUUUUGAAAUCUGAAGGUUCCCCUUCAGUUGCACUUUGGUAGCUAGUAUUUCUUCAAGCUUUGAGCUGAGUUCGAGUAAGGAGUGUCAAUGCAGUCCUGCCUAGCCUGGAGCAUGGAGGUGAAGCUGAAGUGGACCUUGUGUUGCAUUCUUCUUGCUACCCUGUCUCCUACUGGUGGAGUGGAUCCUGAAGAUAGCUGUGAUGCUGACAACGAAAGCUGCUCGGAUGCAAACAGAAAAAGUCAACUAAACAAAGACAUGGAACAGGCCAGCAGAACAAAAGAAACAUUAUCCAAGAGAUUUGAUAAUAUACCAAACACCUACACGAAUGAGCUAGUGCUAAUUCCAACUGGGGUAUUCACAAUGGGCACUGACGAUGCAAUCCUUCCUCAAGAUGGCGAGGGACCUGCCCGAAGAGUGAAGAUUACUGAGUUUUACAUCAACAAGUACGAAGUAAGCAAUGCUGAGUUUGCUCAGUUUGUGAAGGAAACAGACUACAUCACUGAAGCGGAGAAAUUUGGAGACUCGUUUGUUUUUGAUCAGCUCCUAUCAAAUGCGACAAAAUCAGAAAUAACUCAAGCUGUGAAGGAUGCUCCAUGGUGGCUACCGGUCAAAGGAGCAUCAUGGCAUCACCCUGAUGGUAUGGAUUCUAGUAUUGAAGAUCGUUGGGACCAUCCAGUUGUGCAUGUGUCUUGGAAUGAUGCAGUAGCCUAUUGCAAAUGGGCUGACAAUGGUAGACUGCCGACUGAAUCGGAAUGGGAGUAUGCAGCAAGGGGUGGUCUCGAGGGACGUCUGUUUCCAUGGGGAAACAAACCCACCCCUAAAGGAGAACAUUGGAUGAAUAUUUGGCAGGGAGAAUUCCCCACAAACACUCUAGUGGAUGGUUACCUUGGCACUGCACCUGUAGGCUCGUAUCCCACCAACAGGUAUGGAUUGCACAACAUGGCUGGCAAUGUGUGGGAGUGGACAGCUGAUUGGUGGUCUAUACGACACAGUGGGGAGCCGGUUACUGACCCCACAGGACCACCCAAAGGUACGGACAAGGUGAAGAAAGGAGGGUCUUAUCUCUGCCACAAGAACUAUUGUUACAGGUACAGAUGUGCUGCAAGGAGUCAGAACACACCAGACAGCUCAGCUUCUAACUUAGGGCUGAGAUGUGCUAAAACUGUUGGAUAGUGUUUAACAUUUACAUGCAUGCAACCCAUUCAUGUUUUUGUUCGGUCUUGUUACUCUUGUUUAAUACGACAUUGUGUGAGUGAUAAUAUGUAGCAGAGUAUGGAAAUCCAUACACGUAUAAUUUUAUAACAACUUGUUAAUAACUAUAGUGUAGAUGUGAGAUGCUUGUUGGUGCAUACAUGUUAUACCUUACAAUUUAAACCAUAAUUUGCUGCUGUUAAGUUGUACUUUGGACUCUAGCAUUUAGCCUCACUAUUGUUAAACAUUUCCUCUCUUUGUUCUGUGAGCCCCACCCAGGGCCUCCAUCACUGUACUUUGUGCUCCUGCAGCCAUUUUUGUACUCACUUUGCUCUCUAUCUAAGAAUUGUUGGCACAGCAA